AGGGCCUAGUUGCAGCUCUCCACUUUUAUGUCAUUUUGUGCCCUCAUUUCGCUACGAACAAGAAUUUGCAGGGUUUGCUCCUAGUUUUCGAGCAUUUCCCAACAAUGUCCGACGUCGAUGAUGAUUUCAUGUGCGACGAUGAAGAGGACUAUGACUUGGAGUACUCUGAGGACAGCACAUCUGAACCGGAUGUAGAUUUGGAGAAUCAGUACUAUAACUCAAAAGCACUUAAAGAGGAUGACCCAAAGGGUGCUCUACAGAACUUCCAGAAGGUGCUUGACUUGGAACAGGAGAAGGGGGAGUGGGGCUUCAAAGCUCUCAAACAAAUGAUCAAGAUCAACUUUAAACUUCAAAAAUAUGAUGAGAUGAUGUCUAAGUACAAACAGCUGCUAACUUAUAUCAAGAGUGCUGUUACCAGAAACCACUCAGAAAAGUCCAUAAAUUCCAUUCUGGACUAUAUAUCCACUUCCAAACAGAUGGAGCUUCUACAGAAUUUCUAUGAGACAACUUUAGAUGCCCUUCGAGAUGCCAAAAAUGACAGACUAUGGUUCAAAACAAACACAAAGUUAGGAAAACUGUACUAUGAUAGAAAUGAGUUCAAUCGAUUGUCCAAGAUUCUAAAGCAGCUACAUCAAUCAUGCCAAACAGUGGAUGGGGAAGACGACCUGAAAAAAGGAACUCAGUUGCUGGAGAUUUAUGCUCUGGAAAUCCAGAUGUACACAGCACAGAAAAAUAAUAAAAAGCUCAAGGCCUUAUAUGAGCAAUCAUUACACAUCAAGUCAGCUAUCCCUCAUCCUCUGAUAAUGGGGGUGAUUAGAGAAUGUGGUGGCAAGAUGCAUCUGAGAGAAGGAGACUAUGAAAGAGCACAUACAGACUUUUUUGAGGCAUUUAAAAAUUAUGAUGAGUCAGGUAGCCCUAGGCGGACAACAUGUCUAAAGUAUUUAGUCCUUGCAAAUAUGUUGAUGAAGUCAGGCAUUAACCCUUUUGAUUCACAAGAGGCCAAGCCUUACAAAAAUGACCCAGAGAUAUUGGCAAUGACAAACCUAGUCAGUGCUUACCAAAAUGACGAUAUCAAUGAAUUUGAAAAAAUUCUCAAAACCAACAGAAAAAAUAUUAUGGAUGAUCCGUUUAUCAGAGAGCACAUUGAAGAUCUAUUACGGAACAUCAGAACUCAAGUCCUGAUAAAGCUCAUCAAACCCUACACAAGAAUACACAUUCCAUUUAUUUCAAAGGAGCUCAAUAUCGAUUCAGAGGAAGUAGAGAGCUUGUUGGUAUCAUGUAUAUUGGACAGUACAAUCCAUGGUAGAAUUGAUCAAGUCAAUCAACUGCUGGAAUUAGACAGAAGGUCGCAGAAUGCUGACAGGUUUACGGCUCUGGAUAGGUGGACGAACCAACUGAACUCCCUGCACACCGCCGUUAUUAACAAGAUUGCAUGACCUUUAGAACUAGUUAGGGGAAUCGGGAAUACAUAUGGCCACAUUCCAUGAUGUAUGGAGACGAUGCAACAAGAUUGCAUUAACCUUCAGCAGCUAGCCGGGGCACUCGGUGAUCAGUGAUGUAUUGGAGACCACUAGUGAAGGUGUGGCAAUGACAAUUCCAGGUCAUCCAAUGUCAAGACAGCUCUGCGACUUCGAAGGAAGAUUCAAAGCUAACCUGCUCGCAGGAUUCGACUCGUUGAUUUUAGAAUUGAAUUGUGAUCUUAUUUUGUAUGCCGCGCGAGACCCCUUCUCCAACGCGAUUUAUCGCGUCGCAUUAAGGGUGAUUUAGACCGCACGAUUUAGUUGUAUGCGACAUUUCUACAACUCGAGUCGUAGAGUGUAAAUCAACCUACGACUCCGCUACGAUGCCCGACUGGGAAAUGUGUAGUGUGUAAUUCAAGGCUGAGAUAUAAAACAGAUAAACGUAAACAGAUCGCAUACGACUAAAUUGUGCUGUCUGAAUCGGCCUUGAUUCUGCGAAAAAAAAAACAAUAACAACCAGUAAACGCGCGCGAUCAUGUUCAAAGCAAGACUCCAACAAAAGAAGCCGUAGUGGAAGGUUUUUUCCACAGGCAUGCCUCGAGUGGUUGAUUGGUAACUGGUCUUUUGGUAAUAAUGGUUUAGUCAAAUUAAACCAACGUAAAGUCUACAAGCCAGCCAUCGCUUCACUAAGUCUCUACCAAGGCCUACCCAGAAUACAUUGCACUGUUGUUGUUGUUGUUUUUUCAUCGUUAAAAGUCAUGAAUAACGCACAUAAAAAUAACAUGACGACAUUUCAAGUCAAUUUUCCAGAAAAUGUAUUGAUACCUGCUGCUGUCGAAAAUGGCCACCAGCGCAAUGCAUCAUGGGUAGGUUGAGUCGUGAUAGUCAUUGUAUGCAUUUUGAGAGGCACACAUAAUAAUGUGCCCCAAUCUUGUAUAGAAAUAAACAUUUCACAUUUGA